GUCACAUCGUAUUGCAUUUUGUCCAAACUUUUACAUUUUUCUAACGUCUACACUUCCUAGAUUUCAUCCUUCACGAUGAUUUUGGACUUCGUCCGGGACCACCCGAUCCUCUGUUUGCUCGCUGCCGGCUGCACUGCCUCGCUGGGGUACUUCUGGAUGACCAGAGAGCGCCCGCCUGCACCUGCACCACCACCACCAUCACCCGCCCCAACACCAAGCCCCUCCGUCAGCUCCUCGUCCAGCGACAGCCAAAUCUUCUACCCUGCGAACGAGGAGCUGGACGACGUUGGGCCACAGGUGCAGGUGCAGGGCCCCAGCGGGGACCAUUAAGACACACAAGCUACAGAGACACAAGCACCCACGACCAUCUAGGGUAACAGUGCAGCCGGACAGUAAGGAGGAGUGAACAAACAGGCUAAGGAAGAACCAAAGCGGGCAAAGAAGAA